AUGAGUCUGGACACUCUCUUCCAUCAAAUACUUGUGACUGAACAACAGCUGACUGAGCAGACACAGAAGUUUAAAGAAGUGAAAGUUGCCAUCAUCAGAUGCACUGAGAAAAUCAAGGGCACCUCUGAAAAGUAUGAAAAGACCAACAAGGAACUGGAUGAAAAGGAUCAGCAGUUGUCUGUGAUGCGGCUGCAGCACGAGCUGAUGAAGAAAUGUGAAGACCAGAUAUCGAAGCAAAUUGAGGAGCUGCUUUGCCAGAAGAGACAUCUCAUGGAACGUCUAGCCAAAAUAAAGAAGGAGUCUAAAGAAGAAGAGGAAAGCUUCCUUCAAGAGAUCUCAAGGUUCAACAGUGACUUCAGUCUUCCAGGGAACAGAGAAACAGUGUUCAAGAGCCAAACACACACUGAGAUCCUGGACCUGGAGGGGGACGUGGAAUCAUUAUACAAAGAGAUGCAGCUGAUGAGCAGUGGGAACAGUCACCUGAUCGCUUUGCAAGAGGAGAAGCGAGCGCUCCAGCUUGAACUACAGGGCCUGGAUAGUAUCCGGAAAGACCUGGAUCAGCAGCUGAGUUUGGCUGAAGCAACGACAGAUUCUCUGAGAGCAGACAGCCUGAUUGUCAGUCAGAAACCUCUCACCGACAGCACCUGUCUGAGACUGAGGCAGGAGCUGGAGAUGCAUAAAAAAGGAGAAGUGGAGCUUCUGCGAGAGACGCUCGGCUCAGAAAUCCAGAUCCUUCAGACCGUAAGUGUCUGUGUGAUGCAAAUGUCUUGACUUCAAGUGUAGUUCAGAUAGACACAGUCUUUUAUGUCCAGGAUUAGUCAGACAAAAGCAGCUCAGGUGGAGCACAAAGUUGUUUUUCUUU